AUGCUCUGACCGACCAGAGUCGAAUGUAUGAUUUCACGGUCAGACCGCGUUCCAUUACGUUUCUAGCGGUGUAUAUAUUCAUCCUCGAUCGCGGCGACGCCAUUGUUAUAUCGAGCUCGAGUCCUCGAAGAAGACGUUCAUAAAAAACUGCCUCCUGGCGCCAAAAGUUCGUCCCCUAGGACAAAUCCGCAGUUUCCCCUAGUUUUCUUGUUAUUUCAAGAAAAAAGUUUCGCUGAAACUAGAGCCCGGCAAAAGACAAACUGGUUGUCCCGCCGACAAACGGUUUUGACAGGUGUCGCCAACCGCCCUUUGAAAAACUGACUUUGACAGUUCGCGCGCCUAAAGUACAUUUCAUGCAAUUUCAUCUUAGAAUUUAAGAAUAAAGGGUGAUUACACUGUUCCAAGUGACAGUGUGUUUGUUGACUAUUGACUAUUUUUCGCCGGUCGGUGUUUGUUUUCAUUCAAAACAACUACUUGUCGCACUAUUAUCUGUUCGUGAGAUCAAAAAGUGUAUUUUUCGUGUAGUGCCAGUGUAUUAUGUGAUUGUGUUUUCGUCGAAGGAUCCUUUUCAACAAGUUUAGCAACUGUAUACAACAUUCGAAGGAUGCAGGGAGUAGCGUGUCGGAAAGGGUGGUUUGCCACCCUGUGGACGGCGCUAGUGGCGGUUCUGUUGGCCGGACUACCCCUCGCAAACGGAACAUGCGAAUUUCCAUCAAGCUGGGAGGGGAAAUGGUUCCAGUAUGGCAGAGAGACACCUGUCAUAGUGAACACGACAGUCUUAGGCGGAAGGUCCUGCAUCGAGAGGAACAAAGAUAGGAAUGAUAUGUACAUCGUUCACGAGCAUGCCGAGAACUGUUAUCGAUGUAUGAUUAUCAACGCCCAGCAUGACAACGUAAUUCAAUAUCGAGAGGUUGGCUGGUGUAAUCCGCAGCUGAAAUCUUUUGAUGAAAUGUGUCGGGUCAUUCUAUCGGACGAGAGUCUCUUUUCUAUGUUCCGAUUGAAUGCCAAACCCAUCCCUUGUCCAUUUCAAGGACCUCCGUUCACCUUUUCUUACAAUCGUGGACAUGGAGAAUGUAAGGUACCAGAAAACCAAGCUGAGAGCUGUACAGACGAAAGCAAAUUACUACUCAAGUACCAAGCCUGUCCCGACGUUUCUGGUACUGAAAGCAAUACCGAGGAGCUCCAGUGCCUGGCCACUUGGAAAGAUGGACGUAACUUGUACUUGGUUGGAACUUUGAAGCCCGGCAGCAGAACCACUGUUGGAAACGAGGAAGCAUACAGGUGUUUCCUGUAUGACAGAAACCAUAAUCAAGGAAAAGUUGAAUAUCAACUGGCUCAGUCCGGAGAUGCAACCUGCAAUGGCUUGAGUUCUGUUUCGGAGGGGUCGCGAACCAUAAAACUCGUGAAGGAAGAUAAAGAGCACCGGAGGUGUAAAUAUCCGGCUUGGGUAAUUAAACACCACGACUGGCACACUUUGGACGGCUCGAGGAAUUAUCACUUCUUCGCGGGUAACUCUACUUUGAAAGUUACCUUGCAGGACGAAAAUGCGACUGCUUUUCACGAAGAAAAAAUAGUUUGCCACGAUCUAGAGGAAUCGGAACAAAAAGAAGAUAAGGGACCAAAAGUUAAAUUGGUUGCUCACGUAACCAGUGGCUGCGAUAUCGGAUAUAUUUGCAUGAUCUUUCACCAAAGAGAUCCGCACAUUAUAGAAGUUCAACAAUCUGAGAAAAAAGCUAUUAUGCCAAAUGAAGCCUGUAAGCUGUGGGAUCCUUCCCACAUGCCGUAUACAACUCUGAUAACCGCUUCGCUUCACAAAAGAAGAUGUCCUCAGCCAGGAAGAUAUGCAAUGUCAGAUGUUUUAUCAUCUGAAGCUUUAUCAAGUAUGCCAAGACGAAAUAAACGACGUGAAAGGUCAACCAGAAUACGCCGAAAUGAUGAUGAGGAAGAGGAAUGUAGAAACACUGCAAUUAAUAUCGGCUGUAGUUCCAUGGAUCAGAAUGAAGUGAUUAUGGCCAAGAAUUGCAAACGUCGUGAAUUUGUGACAGCAUAUUCCUGCCAAGGCAGCUGGGAGGAAAACGGAACUUGGUAUACGAUUGUCUCUAGGAAUAAGUCAAGCACUGAGAAAGAAACAUUAUGUUUUUCUAUGAGACUCAGCGAUGUUUCAGAUAAGGGCAAAAAUAGCAGAAUGGACUCGUCAGAACAGGAAUUGCGACUUUCGAGACCCACUCAUUCUUGCCAAAGAGAAAUUGAUGACCAAUCGACCUACAAAUUGAAAAGUCAAGGUGUUUGUGAAGAUUUGACAAAGGCGGCUUCAAGUUCAGCCUCGUCUUCAUCUCUUUCCAGAAUAUCAUUCGCAUUGUUCACAGGCGCUGCUGUGAUGUGUCGAUUGCUAUCGAGAUGAUAUGUGUGGACCAUUUCAAGCAUUCUCCACUCGCAAAUAUAUUAAAGGAUAGUAGAUCUUUAUUACUAUCGAGUUGGCAAAUCCACAGUAUUUAUACAAUAAUCACGAUAAGUAUAUCAUCCGACAUCGACUGAUUCAAAACGUAAAAAGAAAAAAACUGAAUAUUCAUCCUAAGUUCAAAGUUGUACAGUUUUAGUCGACACGAGAUAAAUCAAUUCGUGUCGUAAGUCUAUUAACGAGCCGGUAAUUAUUAACUAACGUUCCCAGGCCGUUGUCAAAACGUUUCCUUCGAAAAUGCUUUUCAAAUUUAACCAAAAAUUAAAAAAAUAGUACUCCCAAAACUAAAAAAAUACUCUAACUUUUAUUUAUUUAUUUAUCGUUAUUUUGCGUCUGGCCGAGUGAAUUAGAAGCCAAAGGAAACGCUCGACAAUGGUCUUUGAAUGCGACCACUUCUAAAGAUAUAAAUAUAUAUAUAUAUAUAUAAAUAUAUAAAUAAAUAUAUAAAUACAUUAUAAAUAUUUAAAUAUGAGUGUUUAUUUAAUCUCGAUGAUGCUGUAAAUAUGAUCAGGGUAUAAGUAAAUAAGGUUUUAGUCAGUCGAGCGGAAUACGAAAGAUCGAACGAAAACUUUUUUUAAGUCUCAAUGAUCGAACUGAGUCGACUGCGCGUAACGAGGAUAAUUUUGAUUGUUCUUUAGCUAGUUGCACACGUCUGUAAAUAAUAAUUUAAAUAUUGUACGAUAUAAGACUGUUUGUAAGAGAGGAAGAAUGAGAGAAAAUUUGACGCUGUCCAAUGUUGUUUGGCCGCUAUUAGACUAA